AGUCACCCGCAAACUCCAUCGUAAGUCAUAAGCCACACCUCCUCCUCUGGGAGAGCUUGAGUUUUGGUUUGGUGUGACUUAUUAGAGAGAGAACUAAUUAAGCACAGAAGAUGGGGAUGAGCGAGGUGAUGCGCAAGGUGAAGCCAUACUUGGCUAUCAUCUCCCUUCAGUUUGGCUACUCAGGCAUGUACGUCAUCACCAUGGUUUCUUUCAAGCAUGGAAUGAGCCACUGGGUUCUCUCUGUCUACCGUCAUGUCGUCGCCCUCCUUAUCAUUGCUCCUUUUGCUCUUGUCCUUGAAAGAAAAAUAAGGCCCAAGAUGACUCUCCCAAUCUUCCUCAGGAUGGUGGCGCUUGGUUUCCUUGAGCCAGUGCUGGAUCAGAACUUGUACAACAUGGGGAUGAAGGCCACCUCAACAACUUUCGCAUCCGCCAUUGUUAAUGUCCUCCCAGCUAUUACUUUUCUGAUGGCACUCAUUUUCAGGUUAGAGAGUGUGAACCUGAAAAAAUUACCCAGCUGGGCCAAGAUAAUAGGAACCGUAAUAACAGUGUCAGGUGCCAUGGUAAUGACUUUGUACAAAGGCAAAGCCUUUCAGAUCAUAAAGGCAGGAGGCAUAAGCCAUCAUGAUACUGCCUCCACCGAACCCUCUGACCAGCACUGGGUGCUCGGCACCGUUUACCUCAUCGGAAGUUGCUGUGGCUGGGCUGGCUUCUUCAUUUUGCAGUCAUUCACUUUGAAGAUGUACCCGGCAGAGCUCUCGCUCACGGCUUGGAUUUGCGCGACGGGAAUUGUUGAGGGUUCCAUCGCAACAUUUAUUAUGGAAAGGGACUUGAGCGUCUGGGUCAUUGGCUGGGAUUCCAGGCUCCUCGCUUGUGUUUACUCUGGGGUGGUGUGCUCUGGCAUGGCUUACUAUGUACAAGGGGUUGUAACCAAAGAACGUGGACCAGUGUUUUUGACUUCUUUUAGCCCAUUGAUCAUGAUUAUUACUGCAGCUUUGGGUUCCUUUGUGCUAGCCGAGCAAGUCCACGUGGGAAGCAUAAUUGGAGCUAUACUCAUCGUGUUCGGGCUUUACUCUGUGGUGUGGGGGAAAAGCAAAGACAUUCAAAGCACAAGCGACGACACAGUGAAAGGGGAAGGUCACGAAUUGCCAAUAAAGGACGGCACAAGGUCAGGAUCAGACAUUUUUGACAAGAUUGAGGUCAGUGUUCCUGCUGAGAAGUCGAAGGGUCCGGGGAAGAACAUUAAUGUGCCACAAACAGCACCCCCACCAAGAUCAUGAACCUCCUUUAUUUAAGACUAGAUAGCUUUUUAUAAAUUUUCCCACCCGAAGAGAUGUCAAGAAAGAUUUGUAGCUGUACAAAUCUCUCCCAUUGCAUUGACUGCUCUUUCGUCUGUACCUCUCUGGAAUCUCAAUAUGAAAUAAUUAAUGUCCUAAUUUUGCUAGC